GACUACAAUCGUGUGAGCAACGGAAAAGCGUGUGAACAUUUUUUGUAAAAUAUAAGAAAAUAUUUUGAAAAUAUGUCUGCAAAUAAUACUGAAUGUCCAAUCGAAGGCGAUGUGAAUAAUAAUGAGACGGCAAGUGGUGGACAGGCGGAGCAAGUGGAGCAGCAGCCAGCGGCGCAGCAGCCACAAAACGAGCUGCUCGACAUGGUGUUCACAUUGGAGAGCGAGAAACAAGCACUGCUCGAGGAGUCUCGCAAACGAAUCGGGGCGCUGCGCAAAGACUUUGAGGAAGCACGCUGCGAGAAUGAACGCUUGCAGAAGCGAGUGGCCAAUUUGGAGCUGUCACUGAAGCAAUCGGUAAUGCUGGGCGGAGUAGAUGCACCAAAGUCACGGCAAGAACAGGACGAGCUGCUGCUAAAGGCCAAAACACUGCUGUUCGAGAAGACCAAGGUGAACAAGCAGCAGGAGCAACAGAUUGCCGUGCUCCGGGAACAAGUCGAGUCCAUUAAGGAUGUGCUGCAGGUGACCAAAGACAUGCUGCAACUGAGAACCACAGAAGGGGAACACACCCAGGCGCGUCUCGAGAAGAGUCAAUUGUGGAUCAAAGCCGAGCAGGACAAGUGUGCGUUGACCGAAAAGAAAUUGCAGAUAUCGAAGGGUGUCUAUGACAAACUGCGUGCCGAAUACGACACACAGUCAAAGAUAUUUAAGGAUUUGAAAGAGGCCUAUGAGCAAAAGUUGAAAGUGUUGACUGUCGCAUUGGCAGAGGCCAAAAAAUAGUUGAACAAUUUAAUAAACUACAUAUGUUAAUUAAAUGCA